CCCUCGUUCAUUUUGUCCUCCUCAUCAAUUUAUCCCCCCUCGCUCAUUUUGUCCUCCUCAUCAAUUUAUCCCCCCUCAUCAAUUUAUCCUCCUCCAUCCCUACAAAACAAAACAUCUCCCCCCGCCUCAUAUUGCCUGAAACAGACAACAGAGAACAGAGCAUCAUCAUCUGUGGCAACUCGAUUCGCGCUUGCUUCGAGUUCUACUUCAGGUUUCUGGCCUCGAGGGUCGUGCCUUGGUGACUGUAACGACGGCCACCAUACAUCUCCUCCGCCGCUUUGCGUCUUCUCACGACGAACGCAACCUGUGUCUUUGACACCCACCCCUCCAGGAUCGUUACGGUUGGCGCCCAUGCUCGCCGUCCAACGCCCCAUGUCGAAGCUGCCGCACCACAUGUUAUUUGGCUACUCCGUCGAUUCCUCAAACUCCUUAUACCGCUUACCCUCACCCCCGCCUCUUGCGCCGGGUCCGUCGUUAUUAGAUGACACCGACACCCGCUUCCUUGACAGCUUCUUCGACGGAGUGAGCUCCGACCAGUAUCUCCUCAACGAUCCGAACGAUGCGUGGAACUAUGACUGGCAAGACCUCCCCCCCGACUUCCUCGGGACCACCUCCUCAUUCGGCCCGCAAGUCGAACCCGUCACGAACGAUAUCCAGCACCUCACCUUCCCGGAAUUUAGAAACAGCCUCGGAUUCCUACCAGAACAAUUAAGUCCAUCAGAAGAUGUCAUGUCCGCAGCCUCUGCACUACGAAACGGCAAUAAUAACCACCAAAACAACAACCAAAACAACAACCAAAAUACCCACAUCAAUGGCCACCACAGCAAUGCCUUCAUGGCCCUCGCCUCGCGCACCCAACACACGAGCCCACCCUUCAACAACCACGGCCUAAUAAAACCCGAGCAGCCCGCCCCGCAACAGCGCAAAAUGUCCAACCGCCCCGAAGACUACAUCCGCCACGCCUCCAUGAGCGAAGCAAUGUACGCCCCCAACCCAACUUCCUACGCCCCCCACCCCUCCAACAAAAAGAAAGUCGAGAUCAAAUGGGGUUCCGACUCCGGCUUCAACACCGGGCGUCGCUUCGUGGCGCCGCCGAAUACGAUAACACUCGAUGAGAUCGAUGAGAGCAUUAUUAGCACACUAGAGUGCCUGCAGCCAGGGAGUAAUGUGAGUACCCGCGCGUCUAGCCCGCGGGGGGGGAAGAUGCCGCAGGGGGGGGACAGGAGGUUGGAGAUGAUUUCGGAGGGCGCGAGGGAUGAUGAUGAGGAGAGGCCGAAGAAGAGGAAGAAGAAUAAAGGAAAAGAAGGCGUAUACGAAUCCGACGCCCUCGAGCAACCCCAAAGUACGCCCAACACCAAACUCCCCCGCAAGCGCCGCCCCAAAUCCUUCGGCACCCCGGGGAGCGACACACCCAACCGCGCACCCCCCCCUGUCCACAAACGACUAAAACCCACGACAGGGAUGUCCCUAUCGACUCCCAAAAUGGCGAGGGAAAACCUGACGGAGGACCAGAAGCGGGAGAAUCACAUUAAGAGCGAGCAGAAGCGGCGGACGCUUAUCAAGGAGGGGUUUGAGGAUCUGAAUGAGCUUGUGCCGGAACUGAGGGGGGGAGGGUUUAGUAAGAGUGCUGUGUUGAUUAUGGCUGCCGAUUGGCUUGAGGAGUUGGUGGGGAAGAAUGAGGGGUUGAGGGGGAUGGUUGCGGAGUUGGAGGCGAGGGGGGGGAUGUGAGAGAAAUGGGGAUCAAAGCUGUGUGUGGGUAUGAUGAGAAACAGGGUGUGAGACUUUGUUUUGAGGGGGGAUUUUUCGGGAUUGGCGUUCGGGGAGGGAGAUAUCCAGGGGGGAAGGAAGGGAAACAAGUUUAGGCUUUUCAAGAAGUGUAAUUAGUAAAGACUUGAAUAUGAGGAGGUGGGGAAUUUGGAGCGGUUUAUGUACUCUGAACUGUGGUACACUCAAAAAAAUCAAAACAUGGA